AUGAAUGGACCGAGAUACAAACAAGAAAAAAAAAUUUUUAAGUUGUAUAGCAAUAAGAUUCAGCAAGAUUGUAUUAAAGCAUUCGAAGAAUUUUUAAAUUUAUAUACUAUAGCUUAUGAAGAUGAAAACAGCUUGAUGAGAAAUAGUUUUUUGACUGAAGAUCCUUUACCAAGUUUAAAUGAAAUAGUUAAAUUUAAUACUGAAUAUUACUUACAAAUAUGUGCAAAAUUAGAACACUACGUAAAAAAUUAUUUAUUUUAUUUAAAAAAACCGAAAUAUAUUGCCAAUAUUAUAGCAUAUUAUGCUUUUGCUCUGGAAUAUGGAUUAUUUGGAAUGGAAAUAAAUAAGAAAAACGCCUUUCAAUAUUAUAAGUUGUCGGCACAAAAUGGUUCUCCUUUUGGUACCUUUAGACUGGCCCAAUGUUAUGAAAAAGGGGAGGUUUGUGCUAAAAAUAAAUAUAAGGCAUUGGAAUUUUAUAGAUGUGCUGCUAAAUUGGGAUCAAUACAUGGCUUACAUACUUAUGGCACUAUAUUGCUACAGAAUAAUUUUGACAUUGAUGAACGAGAAGAAAUUGCAUUUUUUUAUUUAAAAAUAGGGAUCAAUAAAGCCAUUAAAAGCUAUCCCUAUGUUUUUUAUGAUUAUGCUAGAUAUAUAGAAUUUAAAUUAUCUGAUAAUGAAAUCACUUUUGAAGUUGAUUGGUGCUUUAAAGUUUAUUUUAGAGGUGCACAAAAUGAAUGUCCGAAUUGUCAAUAUAGAGUAGCGCAAUGUUUUGAGUUUGGAGAGCUUAAUGUAAAUGUGGAUCUUAAAAAAGCAUUUUCAUACUACAAAAGCGCAGCCUUCAACGGGCAUAUCGACGCACAAGUUAAAAUCGCCCAAACACUCAUUGAAAAAGGAGAUAAAACACAGACUAAUUAUAACCUAGCGUAUAAUUAUGCUAUUAAAGCAGCUAUUAAAGGAGACUGUAAAGCUAUCAAGUACAUGACGAUUUUUUACAAAAAUGGAUUAGGAAUUAAAAAGAAUAUAGCUGUUUCAAAUUGGUGGGAAAAGAUACUUUUUGUUCACUUAAAAGAGCAGAAGGUUGUUUUAAAUCUACAAGAGUUUGAAAUUUUAAAUCAUUUAAUAAUAAUACCACUAGAAAAUCGAAAUGAAAAUGUUUUUGAAGAAUACGAAGGGAAUGGAGAAAUUAUUAAAGUGAUGUAA